AUGGACGACUUGAUGACCGGUUGUAACGACGUAGAAGAAGGCCUGGAAAUACACCGUCAAAUGACAGACUUAUUAGGAAAGGGUGGAUUUGCGCUUCAAAAAUGGAACAGUAAUAAUCAAGAAAUAGUAAACAAGAUACAGGAAAUGGAAAGUAAUAGAUUGAAAGGACAAAUAGAUCAAAACAGGACAAAGGAUAAUAAGGACAACACAAAUAAUCACAAUAUCAUACAGGACAUAAAAUCAAUAGAACAAUAUAAACCAAAUAAACCAGGACAUAAACAAAAUGAAGUAGAAAUAAAACUUGACGGUACUAUUAAAAUUUUAGGACUUACCUGGAACCGCAACGCAGACUGCUUCCAGUACACGGUGAACCUCCCGAUGCCCACGACCGCACCUGUAACUAAACGAGCUAUUAUUUCUGUAAUAGCACGACUUUUCGAUCCAUUAGGUUGGUUAGCCCCUAGUGUGAUUAUAGCGAAGGUCUUCAUCCAGAAGUUGUGGCUUGCAGGUGUUGAUUGGGAUCAGGAGCUAACCGAUGACUUAAUAAAUGAAUGGAGACCGUAUCGUGAAUAUUUGUUAUUACUCACCACGGUUCGGAAUCCUCGUUGGCUUGGUACAAGGUCGAACGACUAUCUGGAACUUCACGGUUUUAGUGACGCCUCCAAAACAGCUUACGCAGCUGCUGUUUACUUGCGAGUUGUCGGUUCAGAUGGUAACAUUAAUAAUAAAAAUAUAAUAAUAAUAAUAAACUUUAUUUGA